CCACCAGCGAGGAAGUAACCCCAUUAUGUUUCUGGAUGAACUAACUGACUGGCGUAAACACUAUCCCACACAACUUUUGUCAUAUUUUCUAGCUAGCUUAUUCAUAUAAGUAUAUGUUUUGGGAUGGUGCCAUAUCGUUAGGUCGGUACAAGUUAGGAUCUGAUCAUCGUUUGAGAGAAUAAAUAACAUUUAGCUAGUUAGCCGGUUAGCUAACCAUCAGAUCAGGAGGCGUGAGAGGGUCGCUAGCCAGCAGCAUGUCGGUCCACUUCGAGGAGAGAAGCGGUGUUAUCCCGUGUAAAACACCAUGGGGAAAUUGGUCCCAAACCAUGGAGGAGGUAUUUAUUGAAGUGAAUGUUCCCCAUGGGACGUCUGGCAAAGAAGUAACAUGUAAUCUGGGAUCUAAACAGAUAGAACUACACGUCAAAGGACAACACGUCUUCAAGGGUGAAUUAUUUGGCACCACUGUUGCUGAUGAAGGAACGUGGACAUUAGAGGAUAAGUGUCUGAUCCGUAUCGUGCUGAUGAAGACCAACAGGGAGGCAGGUAACUGCUGGGCCUCUCUGCUACAGGGAGAGUACUGUGCUGAUGCCUGGCUCCAGGACCAGAUGCAGAGGAAACUAACUCUGGAGAGGUUCCAGAGAGAGAACCCUGGCUUUGACUUCAGUGGAGCAGAGAUCUCUGGGAACUUUGCAGGUGGUGGGCCAGACUUCUCCAGCUUGCGGAAGUAAAGUGACAUCACAGUGUUGUUAAACAGCAAGGACCCACCCACUGUACAGUAUGCCUGAGACUUCUGUCAUAUGGGACACGGUUGAGGCCUGCCUAGGGGUGAAGAGAUUGUACUGUACAAGGACAAAUGCUGCGUUCAUAACCAAGUGGGAAGGUGGUAUUUACAACAUAUGACUGGGGAAAAUCUGCUUGAAUGCCCCUCCAACUAGUAAUUACUAGUGGGAAACUUACCAUCCCUGAGCUCCGACUUCUCCCACACGCUGACCUCUAACAGCAUUUUCAGCAACAAAAUAUUUAUAAAAAGCAAUCUAUAAAUAUGGUUUUGAACACUAAUUGGUUUACAAGCAUGAUAUCUGUACUUUUAUUUUAGAUUUUUUUUUCAGUGGUAGAUCAGCUUAAUAUUGCAGAUAGAUUGUAACUUCCAUCAAUGUAAUU